GUCUUGUCUCUCAGCAUCACAAAAAGGGAGGCGGGGAAAGAAGUAAUUUGCGCCGAAGUCAAGCAGGAAUGUAACUCUAGGCAUAACUAAGACCUGUCACCAGCGUCCAAAAAAUUUUCCCCGUGCAUCUUCAGAGUACAUGGGUGGUGGAUUAUCUAACCAAAAAAUUGAAUUUUACCUGACGGUGGAGUCUGCAGUUUUCCAUCCAGACAGCAAACCAAAGGACAAAAGCAUUCUGACCAGCCCUGAAUCAGUCUUUAUUUUACAGUUCACUCCACGGAUUUUGUUUUCCUCUACAGGUAUUCAUAUAUACGUAUUUGAAUAAAUAUUAUAACUUGAUCCAUAUUUUUCAACGUUAAAAAGAUGGGCCCAUCAAUGGAAGCGGCUGACAUUGCCGUUGUGGCACUUUAUUUUGUUUUGGUCUUAGCCAUUGGCUUCUUUGCCAUGUGGAAGGCCAAUCGCAGUACAGUAAGUGGGUACUUCCUAGCUGGACGCUCAAUGACCUGGGUUGUUAUCGGGGCAUCUUUGUUCGUGAGUAAUAUUGGCAGUGAGCAUUUUAUCGGCCUUGCUGGAUCAGGAGCAGCAAGUGGGUUUGCCGUGGGUGCCUGGGAGUUCAACGCACUGCUGCUCCUGCAGCUUCUUGGAUGGGUCUUCAUCCCUGUCUACAUCUGCUCGGGGGUGUACACCAUGCCAGAAUACCUCUCCAAGCGUUACGGGGGGAAUCGGCUGAAGGUGUACUUCGCCGCCCUUUCCAUUCUUCUUUACAUCUUCACAAAGCUCUCUGUGGACCUGUAUGCGGGGGCGCUGUUCAUUCAGGAGUCUCUGGGCUGGAAUCUGUACCUGUCAGUGAUCCUGUUGAUCACCAUGACUGCCUUGCUGACCGUCACUGGAGGGCUGGUCGCUGUCAUUUACACAGACACCCUCCAGGCACUGCUUAUGAUCGCCGGGGCUCUGAGCUUGACAGUCAUCAGCCUGGUGAAAGUCGGGGGUCUGGAAGGGGUGCGGGCCAAGUACAUGGAAGCCACCCCGAACGUGACUGCCAUCCUGGCCAAGGGCAACUUCUCCUACACCAACUCUUGCCACAUCCACCCCAAACCACAGUCGCUCAAAAUCCUGCGCGACCCCCUGGACGAAGACAUCCCCUGGCCUGGCUUCCUCUUGGGCCAGACCCCGGCUUCCAUCUGGUACUGGUGCGCCGACCAGGUCAUUGUCCAGAGGGUCCUGGCCGCCAAGAACAUCGCCCACGCCAAAGGGUCCACCCUCAUGGCGGGCUUCCUGAAGAUCCUGCCCAUGUUCAUCAUCGUCAUCCCCGGGAUGAUCUCGCGGAUCCUCUUUGCGGAUGAGAUCGUCUGCAUUAGCCCCGAGCACUGCAUGCAGGUGUGCGGUAGCAAGGCGGGCUGCUCCAAUAUUGCCUACCCACGCCUGGUCAUGAACAUCAUGCCGGUGGGACUGCGGGGCCUGAUGAUGGCGGUGAUGAUCGCCGCCCUGAUGAGCGACCUGGACUCCAUCUUCAACAGCGCCAGCACCAUCUUCACGUUGGACGUCUACAAGAUGUUGCGGAAGCGCGCGUCCUCCAGGGAGCUGAUGGUGGUGGGCAGGCUCUUCGUGGUCUUCAUGGUGGUCAUCAGCAUUGCCUGGGUCCCCGUCAUCAUUGAGAUGCAAGGGGGCCAGAUGUACCUGUACAUCCAGGAGGUUGCGGACUACCUCACCCCGCCCAUUGCUGCCCUCUUCCUGCUGGGGGUCUUCUGGAAACGCUGUAAUGAGGCUGGGGCUUUCUGGGGAGGCAUGACUGGGUUUACCCUGGGGAGCUGCCGCCUGAUCCUGGCCUUCAUCUACCGGGAACCUCCGUGCAAUCAGUCCGACGACAGGCCUACCUUCAUCAAAAACAUUCACUACAUGUACGUGGCGGCUAGCCUGUUCUGGAUCUCAGGGCUGGUGGCAGUGGUGGUCAGUCUCUGCACUCCGCCUCCAAGCAAAGAGCAGAUCCUCACCACCACUGUGUGGGGGCUCCGCAGCAAGCAGAGGAUGCUUGUAAAGGACAAGGAGGAAGCCUACAAGCUCACCGAUAAGAGCCCCAUACACUGCAACGGGACCAGCAACCACCACAAGGAGCUGCCCCUGGACGUCCAGAAGGAGAGGUGCCUGGACGGGGCGGACAUCAAGCUGCUGGUUACUCCCAUGGACGACCCUGUGACCCCCAGCACAGAGACGUCCACACCGAUGGAACACAAUGGGAACGGCCACACGGGGCUGAUGCAUCGGGACAACCCCGAUGACAACAACAGCAUCGCUGGGGAGCGUGGGAAGUGCAUGAAGGUCUUGGAUUGGUUCUGUGGCUACAAGGAGUCGGCCGCCAAGGCCCAGCCCAAAACUGAGGAGGAUGAAUGUGUCAUUCUGGAAAUGCUUUACGAGUCCCCCAAAACCAAACUGGUCCUUAACCUGGGCCUCCUGGUGGUGUGCUCUCUGGGAAUCUUCAUGUUUGUCUAUUUCUCCUUGUAGUUUUAGGAGUUUGUUCGUUUGUGUGUGGGGUGGGGGGGAACGGUGUGAAUAUUUGCUAAGACAAGCUAUUCGGGGUCUGUAAUAUUUACAGUGUGUUAUUGUAGAUAGGCGGGGGAUUUUAUUUAGCAGUCAUUGGAAAAGUGUAUCCUUUCCAUCAGAUCAUGAUGUGAGAACUAAUGAGAACAACUAAGUCCAUCUUCAAGGUACUCAGGCUGGGGCAGAGGUUAGAGGGGACAUAGCUGGUAAAAACCUUUUAU